AUGGCCGAGUCCUCGGACAGGCCAACUUUUGGGCCUUUUGCUCGUGCUCAGCAGGAUCACAAGCGCGAACAGGAACCUGGCUCGCGAGCUCGCGCGAUAUUCAUCUUCUUGCGAAGCAUCGGUAGGGUCUUCCUGAUGAACGGGAUGGACUAUACCUUUCACAUCCCAUUCAUUGUCCGAAGAGCAUGGCCACUCAGUCCGCACGGCGUCAUGAUGCAGCGCCAAAUGGACCCCUCCGAGCUGGAGGAGGCAAAGGUAUCUGGCGAGCCCCCCUUGCCGACAAUAUUCGCCUUUACAAACCCCUUCGCGGAGCCGGCUCCUAUAGGCCUAACCGACAAGAUUCUAGGAGGCUUCAACAAAAUCCCUGCCACACUGCAAGAUGAUGACCCUCACAAGCCUAUGGUCACAAUUCCUCCUGAGGAGCAAGUCGUCUUUGUGUCACAGCGCACUGACCACACGUGGGACCACAUUGUCGUCACUAUUGACGCGAUUCAGAAGAAAGUGUCAAUUUGGCGGUAUGCCUUCAUCAAGCCCAGAGACAUACCCUCAAGACCCUUCCGUCCAAAGCCGUCCAAAGCACACAAUCGCCGGUCUUCUGCGAACCUCCCACCGAGCAGGCGCCAUACGGUCGGCUCGGGUGAACGGCUUCCUCGCGUCGCAGGAGACGUCCACCCACUCAAUGCCAUCCAUAUCCCCCAGCCGGUACUAGCGAACCAGACGCCGAUGGAAGCUAUGGUCGGCGCUGGUGCUGGCGCAUCGGCAGAUGCUUUGUGGGCAUCGCAACCGGUACGUGGCAGGCACGACAGACACGAGUCGCUUGGCCGUCAUGACCUCAGUCAGACAUUGGAUCGCAUGGCUCUGGGCGGUGGCGGGGCAGUGGAUAAGGGCAUAGAACGUGUAGACGCAGCUAGGAUGCAGGCUGCGUUCUGGAUGGAAAGGUUGGCUAGCGCCGAUAUUGCUCAAGAAGACACGCAGGCAACCAGAGGCAUCACGUGUGCUUUGUUCGACCAACGCUUCGACGGCACGCAAUUCCGAAGUAUGCUCGCCAUCUGCCUCGUCACCACCCGCAAAUUGCUCAUCCACAAGAUAUCCAAGGAGAAUAAUGCCUACUCCGCGCAACUCCUCGAGAAGGACAUCUCUGCGUUCUGCGUCACUCCCAUUCGUGGGACCCGAGACGUCAUCCGCGACCUGCUCAUGGUCAAGUCCGACGGCUCCCUCUGCCUCCUAACCUAUGGGCUAAACGAGAUCCCCUCGAGCUCGUCCCCGCCUUCACCACACGUGCCGGCUGGCAAGCAGAUCCUAUCUGCCUCAUCCGGGAUCGACUCGCAGGUGAACUUGAUGUUCCAAGACAGGUCGCAGGUCCGGGCGACGAUCGACCUGGUUCCGAAAGACCACCUGACACGGCAAACCCUACUAAUCCUCGCGUUCAUGCUGCCCAUAGACAAGUUCUUCAAGCUCCACCGCAGAUUCCUCGUGAAGUGGUCGAACAAGGGCCUGGACUCGACGGAGGAUGUGCCCUUUCAAAUGUUGGUGGAGGCGUUGUACGAGACGUUUGGGAUCGCGAAAGACCAGCCACCGGUUGUUUCAAUGCCAAGUGACGGGAACGAUGUAUGGCAAGCCAUGUCACUGACGGGUUCUGCGGCAAGGUUCCGCGAGGAUCCUGUCAUGAGAAAAUUGCAGCAACCAAUGCGUCCUACCGCAAAGCCUCCUUCGCAGAAACCAGCGAAUGGGCGAAAACCAAACGCUCUGCUCGCCCCGAUUCUUCUCGGUCUUCAUCAUAUCGCCGAGGACAUGCGCUUCAUGGCGUUCCGAUAUAAAGAUCUCCUCCAGGUCGUACCUGUGCUGUGCAAAAUUGCACUCGUUAUUCGACCCGAGUGGGCAGAUUACUGGAAGCGCCUUUGUCCUGAUGCGCUGCCAACUUGGCCUUCUCCUAAUCAGACCGUCGUAGAAAACGUCGACGAUCGCCUCCCCGUCUGGCCGCCAGACAUGUCCGCCAUCCUAUAUGGCCGUGUCAACAACCCCGACUGGGCCCUUCCUCCCUUAGAUAGCUCGACGCUUGCAGCCGGAUUCAAUAUCGCUCCCGCUUUCGCCUUUGGCGACGGAGAGCCGUUGAUUUACCUCCGCCAACUCACCGAGGUCUACAUGCCCCUCGCCGACAACAAAGUACUCGAGACUCGGAAACGAGCAGAUAAUGCGUUGCAGGCAAUGGUGCGGGUCUCCAUCACAGGACACCUCAUCAAGUGUAUGGCGCUCGGUGUCGCCGCCCCGCUCAGAGAGGCUUGUCGGACAUGCCAGCUAUCUCCUAGUGGCGAAUGGUCUAUUCCUGCGUACUCUUUGAUCGGGCGGGAGGACUUGGCUGAAGUGAUGAACUCGUCACCGGAGCCGCCCUAUACUCGUGGCUAUCGGCCUAUCAGAGAGUUCAUCUCACCCAGCAUCCCUCGAAGGACAAUUAGAGAACAUGUAGUUACAACAGUGAGAUCCAUCACCGGCGAAUAUGCUGCCGUCACGGGAGUGGAGAUGAACUUGGACGACUUCACACAAAUCCGCUUUGGUCAAGACAAGCGAUUGGAAGAGGUGGCACGUAUGCUGUGUUCAUCUCUCAUCCCGACCGUUAGGGCUAUUGAGAGGCCGGAGUUAAGUGAACACGACCAGGCAAAAGAACAUCAGCACCAGGUCAUUCGACUUGCAGAACGGACACUGGCUCUGCCCCUAGGGCGAGCGCUCUUUACUUUCGGCUCCGUCCCGACGCUCACUCGUGAAGCCUACGCAAUCCCAAAAGUCGAGUUCACAGUGCGGCUCUCGCCAAUGAACACACUGCUCGCCCCUGAGGUUGGGAAGAUACCGAUCGAAUGCACAAGCUGGGGCGAGUUCCACAAUGGGGUGGCUGCGGGAUUGCGGAUAUCUGCGCAAGCGAGCACAGUGGAGAGCACCUGGAUCAAGUUUAACAAGCCUGCUGAACUGACGCCCGAGCACGCUGGUUUCCUGUAUGCCUUGGGCCUCACCGGUCACCUACGCGAGAUGCUGACAUGGCAUACCUUCGGUUACCUCACUCCCAAGCAUGACAUGACCUCGAUCGGCGUACUCUUGGGACUGUCGGCCGCGAACGUUGGCACUGGCAACCGACAUGUCACUAAGCUCCUGGCUGUGCAUACGCCGGCUCUACUGCCGACGCCGAACGUCGACCUCAAUGUACCUCUCAUCACUCAGGCAGCGGGCUUGAUGGGCAUCGGGAUCCUCUACAUGGGUACGAAGAACAGGCGUAUGGCCGAUGUCUGUCUAAAUCAGAUCAGUCGUAAAGAUUUGUAUCAGCCGGACCUCAGCAACGAAUACCGCGAAGCCUACACACUAUCAGCUGCUCUCGCGUGUGGCAUGGUCAUGCUCGGCAAAGGCUCGGCAAUCCCAGCGGACUUGACGAUCCUUGAACGUCUCCGCGUGCUCGUGCAUGGAGAGGGUCACAUCUCGUUGAACGGGAGAGCUACGCGCCCGUCGUUCGACGUCAACCUCACUUCCCCUGCCGCGGCCCUCACCCUUGGUUUGAUGUACCUCCGCUCUGGGCGACAGGAUGUUGCUGACAUCCUCACUAUACCUGACACGCUCGUCGCCCUCAACAGUAUCCAACCAAGUUUCCUUAUGUCUAGGGCAAUGUCACGAUCUAUCAUCAUGUGGGACAAGAUCGCCCCAACGAGGGAGUGGUUCGCAACCAACUUGCCAGCAGGCAUUCAAGCAGCAGUCGACGCUCGCAUGAAGGGGGAGCUCGAGGACGACGCGUACGAGUUGGCCUACUACAACAUUCUCGCUGGCCUCUGCUUUGCGCUAGGCUUGAAGUAUGCAGGGACCGCCCGGGAGGAGGCCUACCUCAUCAUCAUCAGCUAUUAUGACAUGUUCAGCCAGAUAGCGUAUACAAAUAGUCCGGCCUACGAUCACAGAAUCAAGCGCGCCGCAAUCAGGGAAGGUCUCAACGCCAUCUCUUUAGCUUUGAACAUGGUCAUGGCUGGUACAGGCGAGAUCAACUGCCUACGCAGACUUAGGUACGCAUACGGCAUGUACAACCAGCCAAUCCGAUAUGGUGCGCAUGUCGCGACGCACAUGUCUCUGGGCCUCCUUUUCCUGGGUGGUGGUCGCUUUACGCUAGGCACGUCAGACACGGCAAUAGCAUGCAUGAUCACGGCAUUCUUCCCUCGGUUUCCUCACGUAUCCUCGGAUAACAAGAGUUACCUGCAAGCAUUACGACACCUGUGGGUGCUUGCGACGGAGCCAAGAUGUCUCGUUGCCCGCGAUGUCGAUACGAGAGAGGUUGUCUACCUGCCCGUCAAGUUGAAAGUGAAAGAGGGUAAUGAAGUCGGGACAACGCAAAUGAUAGCGCCUACGCUCAUCCCCGACCUGGAUAAGUUGCAGUCCAUCCGAGUUGAUACACCCCGGUAUUGGCCAUUCUAUCUCGACAUCGCGCACUUCCCAAAACACAAGGAGACACUUCUCCGCAGUCAGACCCUGUACGUCAAGCGGCGGACGGCCUUCUUGAACUACAGGGAAGACCCCAAGGGGAGCCGGAGUCUGUUUGUACGCUCAGGAUCGUCAACUGGAGAUGCGGCGACUCUUGAGUUCCCACAGCUCACGGACUUCAGGACGCAUCCUGCGGGCGAUUUGCACCAGUUCAUCUCGUCAUACUCGAACGACAUCCUAUUCCUCGCAUUCGCCGACCGGUUCUGCCGUGAUGACGGGGAAACCGACGCCGAGAAGCUCCUGCAAGCUUAUUGCCACGCGAGCCUGUUCGACAGUAUCCUGCAGGACAAGUCGCAGAUGAUUCAAGCGCACCUCACGCUCUACCAGCUCCGCCGCUCGUCACCCGACUCUCAAUACUUCAACCUGAGAAUGCAAGAUCUACGCUUGGCCACAGACUUUUACAACAGGGUGUACGACCGUCGCUUCAGCGGGAGAACGGAGAACAACCCCAGACCACCGCUCAUCCGAGAGUCGACACUGUCUGGAGCCCUCUUGGCUCUGGAUCGCCACCUGGACGAUGUCCGCUCCGACGAAAAGUUCCUGGCGAUGCUUGGGUUGUACGCGCGAGGCGAGAUUAUCCCCAACUUCCCGGUGGGGACACCGGCAUGGACGCUCGCUCGGAAAUUGGCGUGGUACCUACAACGGAACAGCGUACCUGCAUCUACGUUGCUCAUGUUGUUGAAGCGGCUCGCCGACCAGGCGCACGAGCAGUGCCUGAGAACGCCGCCGCCGGAGGGUACGGAUGACAUUGUACUGUUGGACCAAGGAAUCAAGGAGGUCCUGCAUGCGACGGGCACGCAGCUGACCACUGCACUGGGUUCGGCCUGGUCCAUCCGGUCAUUGAAUGAAAUAUUGUCUGCGUGGACUACGCCUACUGCUGCGCUACAUGUGGGUGGCUGA